GCCUGUUACAAAGACCUGAAUCUUUGAACAGUGCCUUGUUUUCCUAAUGCUCGAGUUUACCAUAUUGUGGACUGGGUUUAUAGACUUUUCGGAGGGACUUGUGAGAAUGAAGUGGUCAUGGUGCACAUUGGUUCUAGCACUGGAAAAAAUGGCUUUAUCCCAUGAUUCCCUCUGUUAUUCCAUUGUGGAUAUACGUCUUCUUCGUGAAUACCUUGGAUCUUAUACACCUGCCCUACAAUACUUCAGUUUUGUGAUGUCCAUUGUGAUCUGCCUGGUGGGAUUGGUAGGAAACGCAGUUGUUAUCCUGUUUCUUGGAUUUAUCAUGAAGAAACACAAAUCUAAAUACUGGUUCCUAAAUUUGGCUCUUGCUGAUUUCUUGGCUCUCCUGACCUUACCGCUCCAUGCUAUCUCAGUUCUUAAAGGCACCUGGACAUUUGGGACACACUUUUGUAAAUUUUAUCUCUUCUCUUUAUGUGCCAAUAUGCACGCUAGUAUUUACAUUCUUAUUGCUUUAAAUAUUGCCAGAGUAUUGUCUGUAGCAAAACCAAUGUUCCACCUCAGAUUUAUCUCCCAACGUGUUUCUCUUUGGAUCUGUUCUUUGAUAUGGGUUAUCACAGGUCUCUCCUGUCUCCCAACAUUUUACUUUAGUGGUGAAGUGAAAAUUGGAGAAUCCACACUAUGCAGCUACUUAGGUUGUAAAAGUUUUAGUUCUGUAGUAGCCAACUAUGGGUAUAAUGUGAGCAGUGAGAACGCUACGAUAAGCAUCUUAAUGUCAGAAAUCUACACCAAGUUGAACCCCUUUUUUGAACAAUGCUCUUCUGACACAUGUUGUGGUGGUGAGGAGACUCUAAAUUUUUGGAACCAUUUGAUAUUUACAUCAAAGCGGUUUGCGAUAGUGUUUCUUAUCAUUGGAUAUUUUAUUCCCCUUGGUAUUGUAAUAUCAUCCAAUUUAAUUAUAGUUGUUCGUGUGAGAAAAUCCAAGACUGUUAAUCCCCACAGGCUCUAUCGAAGUGUACUCGUGAUCAUCCUGGUGUAUUUCAUAUCGUGGACUCCAUUUGUCAUAGCACUGACUAUGUUAUUCAUUUUUUUUCUCAAUAUGACCCUCAUACCCAUGUUUAAUGUCCUUAUAUUUAUGCCACUUUUGAUCACCAUUGCUUAUACAAACACCUGUUUGAACCCUAUUGUGUAUGUGUUGAGUGGUGGGAGAAUGAGAACAGAACUUUCUGAUUUUAUAUGUAGUUUCAGAAGUAACAAUAAGUGAAUGGGCAAUAUCAUAUUAUAUCAUCUGGAUACUACCAUCCAGAUGUGAUCCAUUUAAAUUUGACUGUUCAGUAUUUAAACUGUGUUGGAAUAAUUAUUGAAUUGCUUUGCAAAUAUGGGAAAUUUCCUAGCUUUAACUAUAUAAGGUAAUAAGCCUAUCUGUCUACAUAUCUGACCAGCAGAAGACAACUCCAUUAGAAGCUGACUUUAUGGUCUGUAUAGAGGAUGGGCCCUUAGAAUAAUUUCCUCAGAUGGGAAAAACUUAAUCUGACACUUCCUCAUUUCUUUUUUUAUUUACAUUGCAUUGCAACUCUGAGUAAACUAGAUAAUGAUGAGCUUGGUGUAAAAAAUUAAAGGGGUACUCCGCCCCUAGACAUCUUAUUCCCUAUCCAAAGGAUAGUGGAUAAGAUGUCUGAUUGUGCGACCUCUGUGAUUUUCUUGCAGCACCCGGCCUUCUAGAAUGCUGCGUAUCCUUUGGAUAGGGAAUAAGAUGUCUAGGGGUGGAGUACCUUUUUAAGGAGGCAAAGCUACAGAUAUAAGCUUUUCAUUGUUAUUGUUUUGCUACUGUUUUUGUGAUUCCUGUACUUUUCUAGUGACUAAUACAGUGAUUUGUAGGAAGACACAUACCCUGCACUUCCUGCAUCCAAUAAAAAAUCUCCAGAAUACGUGUGUGACUUCCUUUAAUGUAUUUUUUGGAGUGACACAGACAGAGAUAUUUCCCAUGGGUCAUUUCUUAGAAUUCAUUAUAAGCAUA